AUGCCUGCCCGUGUUCCGCUCAUUUUUGGCACAAUGACCUUUGGUGAGGCCGAAAAGAACGGCGUGCGCACCUCGGAUUUGAGCGACUGCCAGGAAAUCGUCGAUCUUUUUGUCAAAUACGGACACAAGGAACUUGACACUGCGCGCAUGUACGCCGAAGGUACAACAGAGCCUCUUCUGGCUAAGCUCAAGUUGCCUCAAGAUGUUACAGUGGAUACAAAGGUGUAUCCGGUCAAACCGGGAGACCAUGCACCCGCAGCUCUCCGAGCGACCUUCCAGACCUCUCUCAAACUUCUUGCUCCCCUGAAGGUCCGCGUGCUCUAUCUCCAUGCCCCAGAUCGCAGUGUCCCCUUCGAAGAGACCCUUCGUGAGGUCAAUGAACUCUAUAAAGAGGGCCUUUUUCAGACGCUCGGUUUAAGCAAUUAUGCCUCCUGGGAGGUGGCCGAGAUUGUCGGCAUAUGUAGGGCGAAGGGUUGGGUCCAGCCCAAAAUUUACCAAGCGAUGUACAAUGCUAUCACGCGCGAGAUGGAGGUGGAGCUGGUACCAUGCUGCCGCAAAUUCGGUCUCCGCAUUGUGAUUUAUAACCCACUUGCCGGCGGAUUUUUUGCGGGAAAGGUCUCCGCCCCCGACGCAGAGGCACCGAAAGGUGGACGCUUCGAUCCGAGCAGCAAGAUGGGCACGAUGUACCGAGCGCGUUAUCUCAAAGGUGGAUACUUUGAAGCCCUCAAUCAUCUCAAGCCUAUCGCGGAGAAGCAUCAGCUGCGUCUGACGGAGAUCGCCCUCCGUUGGUGCCAGCACCACUCGGCGCUGACAUCAGAGGACGGUGUUAUUCUGGGCGCGAGCAGUGUCGCACAAUUGGAGCAGAAUCUAGAAGACUCACAAAAGGGGCCGCUUCCUGAAGAGGUAGUGAAGGCGCUGGAUGAGGCACAGGCGAUCGUUGGAGCGCAAGCACCGACCUACUGGCGUUGA